GCUGCCGGAGGAGGGACCGGGGACCGCGGCCUCGAGUCGCCCUUCUCCGCAGAUAGCUCGGCGCGGAGCAUCAGCCGCCCGGCCGCCGUGCUUCGCUGCUAUGGAGGGCGCCGGCGCCCGCCCCGGCUUCACGCACCGCCGCUGCCUGUGAAUUGCCGCCAACGCGCGCGGCGCUCUUUUCGGCGAGAACAAUGAUUCCUGUCACUGAAUUCCGCCAGUUCUCUGAACAGCAGCCAGCCUUCCGUGUUUUGAAGCCAUGGUGGGAUGUAUUUACAGAUUAUCUUUCUGUUGCCAUGUUGAUGGUUGGUGUGUUUGGUUGCACAUUACAGGUUAUGCAGGAUAAGAUCAUAUGCCUUCCCAAAAGAGUCCAGCCUUCUCAGAACACAUCUCACCUUCUUAAUAUGUCAGAUAUGGACUCCAGUGCAGCUCCAUUCCUUCCACCCAAGCCAUCUACACCUCCUGCUACUGUUGAAAUGAAGGGCCUAAAGACUGACCUAGACCUCCAGCAGUACAGUUUUAUAAAUCAAAUGUGCUACGAACGUGCCUUGCAUUGGUAUGCAAAGUACUUUCCAUAUCUUGUCCUUAUACACACAUUGAUCUUCAUGCUGUGUAGCAACUUCUGGUUCAAAUUCCCAGGGUCCAGCUCAAAAAUUGAACAUUUCAUUUCCAUUCUGGGGAAAUGUUUUGACUCUCCUUGGACUACAAGGGCUUUAUCAGAGGUAUCUGGAGAAGACUCUGAGGAGAAAGACAACAGAAAGAACAACAUCAGCAGGUCAAAUACGGUCCAGCCUAGCACAGAAGGCAAUUUGGUCAGGACUCAGUCUUUGAGAUCCAUUCCUGAGAAGUUCAUUGUGGAUAAAGGAACUCCAGGGGCUUUGGAUAAAAAAGAAGGAGAACAAGCUAAAGCAUUAUUUGAGAAGGUGAAGAAAUUCCGUCUCCAUGUUGAGGAAGGUGACCUAUUAUACGCCAUGUAUGUUCGCCAAACAGUGCUGAAAGUGAUCAAGUUUCUUAUUAUUAUUGCAUAUAACAGUGCACUUGUUUCAAAAGUUCAGUUUACAGUAGAUUGCAAUGUUGACAUUCAAGACAUGACAGGAUAUAAGCACUUUUCUUGCAAUCAUACAAUGGCACAUCUCUUUUCUAAACUCUCAUUCUGCUACUUGUGCUUUGUAAGUAUUUAUGGACUGACAUGCCUUUACACUUUGUACUGGCUGUUUUACCGCUCGCUGAAAGAAUAUUCUUUUGAGUAUGUCCGGCAAGAGACUGGAAUUGAUGAUAUCCCAGAUGUCAGAAAUGACUUUGCUUUUAUGCUCCACCUGAUAGACCAGUAUGAUCCUCUUUAUUCUAAAAGAUUUGCUGUGUUUCUUUCAGAGGUCAGUGAAAACAAACUGAAGCAACUGAAUUUAAACAAUGAGUGGACGGCCGAUAAACUGAGGCAAAGACUACAGAUGAAUGCCCAUAACCAUUUGGAACUGCAACUGUUUAUGCUGUCUGGACUUCCUGAUACAGUUUUUGAAAUUACAGAGCUUCAGUCUUUGAAACUUGAAAUUAUUAAUAAUGUCAUGAUACCAGCUACCAUUGUGCAACUGGACAAUCUCCAAGAGCUCUCUCUAUAUCAGUGUUCUGCAAAGAUCCACAGUGCAGCCUUGGCAUUUCUAAAAGAAAACCUGAAAGUCUUGAAUGUCAAGUUUGAUGACUUCAGAGAACUUCCACCUUGGAUGUAUGGGCUCAGAAAUUUAGAAGAAUUGAGCUUAAUUGGCUCUUUAUGCCAUGAUAUUUCUAAAAAUAUAACUUUAGAGUCUUUUCGAGAACUUAAGAAUCUUAAAGUUCUGCACAUUAAAAGCAACCUGUCCAAAAUCCCACAGUCUGUGGUUGAUGUUUCAAGUCACCUUCAAAAAAUGUGCAUUCAUAAUGAUGGCACUAAACUAGUAAUGCUCAACAACCUGAAAAAAAUGGUCAACUUGACAGAAUUAGAGUUAGUGCACUGUGAUCUGGAACGCAUUCCUCAUGCUGUUUUCAGCCUUAACACCCUCCAGGAACUAGAUCUUAAGGAAAACAAUCUGAAAUCUAUAGAGGAAAUUGUUAGCUUUCAACACCUUAGAAAACUUACAACCCUAAAGUUAUGGCACAACAGUAUAACCUAUAUCCCUGAGCACAUAAAGAAGCUCACUAGUCUAGAACGGCUUUCUUUUAGUCACAACAAGAUAGAGGUUCUCCCAUCCCACCUUUUCUUAUGCAACAAAAUUAGAUAUUUAGACUUAUCUUACAAUGACAUACGAUUCAUCCCCCCUGAAAUUGGAGUUCUACAAAGCUUACAGUAUUUUUCAAUCUCUUGCAACAAAGUAGAGAGUGUGCCAGAUGAGUUAUACUUUUGCAAAAAAAUCAAGACACUGAAGAUUGGGAAAAACAACUUGUCUAUCCUUUCACCAAAAAUUGGAAAUCUGGUGUUGCUAUCCUACUUGGACAUUAAAGGAAACCACCUGGAAUUUCUUCCCCAUGAACUUGGUGACUGCAGAGCUCUGAAAAAGAGCGGACUUGUGGUUGAAGACACCUUAUUUGAAACUCUGCCUUUGGAUGUUAGAGAACAGAUGAAGGCCGAAUAAUAUUCUCAGUACUUUUUUAAAAAAAAACUGUCUCUGCCAAAUGCCUUGUACAUAACUAAUAUGCCUUCAAAGUCUUUAUUUUAUUUUAUUUGACGUAUUUUGACAUUUUAUAUAUGGAUCAUUUUGGAAUAUAUGUAUUACGUAUACACACUUUUAUAUUUAUAUCAAUAUACCCCUUUCAUGUUCAUAAUUGUUUUAAUUUUAGCCUUAUAUUGUAUGUUUUUAGACUUUUUAUUGUGUGUUGGUGGCAUCAAAUUGGUAAUAUCUGCCUUAAAAAAAUGGCCUAGCUCAAAAUAAGGUCAUCAUCUUUAAAAAUAAAUAAUUUAGGUAACAUAUUAAAGUAGAAUAAUACAUGGUUGCUGUAGCAACUCUAAUCCUUUCUAUUCUGCUUUUUAAAAUCACCUAAAUGCUUUAAGGCUGCAAGUGUUCUUUGUCUUGUUUAUAUCCUAGAUGCAGGUAAUUGUAGCUUCUGCAAGUCAGAUUGCCCUGUCCUUGAGACUUCAUUAUGGCAAAACAGUAAAGUCACUGAUAAAAGAUGUUUCUUCACUGAUGGCUAUUCUGUGCUCAUAGAACUUAUCCUGCUAUUGCUGGCAAUAGAACUCUUGCUCUUUAGAAAGCUCUGAAUUAAAAUCAUAUUUUAGCUAGGAUUCACUUUUAGCUAAAUUUAUUUUGAGUCUCUUGACCCCAUCUUUAGUAUUCUUAAUUAUAAUUAGAACAUGAGUCAGAAUUUGUGUUCUGACACUAUGAGUCUUCGUUUCCUAUCUCCAUUUGUGUGUAACUGUGACUCCUGAAUGUACAUUAGUAAAUCUUUGCAAAUUGCAAUCAGAUAUGACUCUGCACAAAUUAGUUUCUGAUAUUUCUGUCAUAAAUGCCCUUAAUAAUCCCCUAAGGGUACAUCUACAUCAUAAUUAUAUUACAUUUAUAGAGGGAGGGAGAGAUCAAAUUUAUGCUGUCUUAAAAACAAGGUUUUCUUUCCCCUGUCAUGGUUUCCCACAAAGAAUUAUAGGAAUUUAAUUGAGUGGGAGUGUUAAAAAUUCUAUUAUUUCCUCUGCUUCUCUCACUUUAAAAAGAAGGUACAGCAUCCUAGAUUCCCAUGAAGUGGCAAACAUGUGUGGCUGUGAAAUAUUUUGGACAUGGUUUACCUUGAAAAUGUAGCAUGCAAAUCAAUUAUUAUGAUAGUAAACAGUAAAACAAAGCCAUACAAGUCAUGAAAUAGGGAAUUUCUAAUCUCGCCAAACUAUGAUACUAUUCAUGCUUGGUUGGAAAGAAGUAAUUCAAUUCAGAAGGAUUUAUUUCCAGUAUGUUACCAAGAAAAUGGAAUAUUUGCUUCAACAUGGCCCUGCCCUGUAGAGACUAUUUAGAAAGAUAUCUACGCAUGGAAGAAGUCUUCCCUGAAUGCAGUCAUUACAGUUGCAAAUUACACUUGAAUAUCUAUCAUCUUCCAACUCAUUAAAAUGCUAGGUGGAUUAGUUUUAGAGGUAUAAUUUGAGGCUACAAGGUGCCCACAACUAAUUGUUUGUGAUUGCAGUCAAGCAUUACAGUAAGCCUUGGUUUAUUGUAAUGGGGAAGAAUAAUGGUAAGGCUCAGAUUUAUAUACUCUUAUCUCCUCUUCCAUCAUGGCCAGAAGAAGGUGUAUGGAAAUACUGAUUUUUUUUCAUAAUACUUCAGAAACUUACAUGAACACCAUAGCAAAAAAGUAUUCUCUCUGUUCCAUCUAUUAAAAAGUGUAACUGACUUUUUCAGGAUAGAAAGCCAUCAAACAAUGAAGAGAUUGGUGUGAUGGUAAUAAUUAUGCCCAUCUCAUAUAUUUAGCCAAAAUGUGCGUAUAAAAGCUUGUUAUGCUGACACAUGUAAGUCUUUACCUCAAUUGCGCAUGCUGUUACAUAUUGCACAGUACAUGGUCACACUAUGUAUUGUUAGGAUUUACACCAAAGCAGGGCUACGUUUAUGCCUUCUAUUGUAACAUUUCUUCCUGUAAUUGCUUUCUAUGUUGCAACAUGUGGUGGUAGUAUGCAUUGCUUUGGGUGGAAUUACAGGUAGUCCUCGGUUAACUACAGUAAUUGGGACUGGA